GCAUGGAAUGCAAGCCGGCCACUGGAAAAACGUAUUCCAAUUAUCAUCGCCUAUUGUGCACCGUCUUGCUUUCUUUGUCUGUCGUCAAUAUUAUUUCUCGUUGUACCGACCAACGCAUUAAUUCUUCCAAUGCUUUUUGGUGGAUUGCUUAAUGGGUCGUACGCAGCUGCACUUGUGUUGACUGUACGGACGAUUUACAGCAUUGAUGUGGCUAAGCAUUACAACAGCCUCUUCCUCUUUGAUCUAAUUGGUGCUGUGAUCUGUAACCGUUUUAUGUUUGGCGAAUUGAUGACAAAGCACUCCUUCACCGAUGAAGAUGGCAACGUCCGUUGUUUUGGGCGCAAAUGCAUCCAGACAUCAUUCAUUAUAUUGGCUUGCCUCUCAGUGUUGGCGUUUUUGGCAACGCUAGUUAUGUAUUUCUCAUACAUGCGCUUUGUUCGAGCCACACGUGAGGAAAGGGAGCAGGCAUCUCGGGAAACAUCGGAAACAACUUCUGUUCGCAAUGUUGAGUAG